CAACGCCAACGCGUGUAUGGACAAACAUAAGCAUUCCCGCGAUGUAUCUGGAAACUUGUUACGUACAUAAAAUGGACAUUGCGGCCCCCGAAAUAUCGCAAAUUUGAACAGGCACACAUUGGCGUCAACUUUAUUAAGUAAGUGCAACAUGCCAUGCGCUUUACAACCAUUUGAAUCACAAGGUUUAACUUAAUAUUUGGCAUUGUUACUUAAAGAUUGCAAGUUACAGGAAGUAUAUGUACAACAUGUUGUGGUUUUACUAUUUUAUUUUUCCCUAUUAAGAGUACUUUGUGAAUACUCUGUUCCGUAAUUCAGUAAUUAGCAGAAAAGUAUUGUGACACAAUCAUCACGCUGAUUUGGAAUUGAUAGCCCUCCAUAUGACUUACGUCUGAAAUAGGAGAACGGCUUCACUUUACUGGCAAUGUCUGAAGUUCUCGCCAACAUUUGCCCUGAUUGGAGGAUACUUGAUAAAUAUACACUUCGUAUAUAAUUUUUAAAUAUAGAGAAUUUUAGACUACGCCAAAUGCAUAAAAUUUCCCCAUUAACUAGACAUGAACUAAAGGUAACAUGUGCUCUGUCAUUGUGAUGACAUCUGUUUUUUUUUGUUUACUUUUCCAAAUAAGCUGUUUGAUGUUAAAUUGUACCUGUUGUACACUUAAAUAUUGCCAUAUUGCGUUGUUUACGUCUCGCUAAGGCUACUAUAUACUAUGUACGUUUAUCCAUCGUGAGUAAGACAAGGUUAUUUUGUAAUCUUCAUAUUACAUCCGGGUAAAAGAAAAUGGCAGCCAGCUGCAUGACAAUACUAAAUCUUACCGGAAAGGUUAGGUCAUCAAAUGAUAAUUUGAUCAAGAAAGGUGAAUUGUAAUGUGUAAAUUGAUCAGGAUUAUGUUUGUGUACAUAAUGUGUUCAGGUUUAGUGUAAAAAUCUUAAAUGUUCGUUGCCCAAGGCAUUAUUUAACAGAGCUAACAGGUAAACAAAAGUGGAUGGGGGAAAAGGACGAAUCGAAGUUUGGAUUCUGUCUUACCUUUCAACAGCCUUGAUCACUAUUGCAAUGUGGGUUACAAGAAAGACUGUGGAUAUGUAUCUUGACUCACUGUGGAAAAAUCAAAGUAGUGACAUCUCGUUUGUCUUAUAGUUUGGUCAUGAAUGUCGUUUGAAAGUCAUUUGGGACCAAAUAAUAACAAACAAUUAAAAGGUUGUAUUUGCCGUUUUGCUUGCAUUUCUCUACAAUUCUGUGUAUUUUGGUACACUAUUUUACAUUAGGCAAUUUUGAUGUUCAAUUUUUAUCACAACGGAAGCAGCUGUAUCAAACGUCAAGUAAAACGAGCGAUGAUCUGAUGUUGAUGUUAUAUAUACAUAUAUAGACCUUUCACGAUUUCUAUGAGAGAAGAUGUGAGCAUAACAACAUAUCGUUCCCAUAUCGGGCCAAUUAAUUGAAUAAAAGCUUCAGUAAUGACGUUAAUAAGGUUAUAGACAGAACGAUUGACAUUCCAGAAAAAAAACACUAUCUACAGUUACAAUGGCAGCGAGGAAAGAAGAAGGAGAAGAAUAUUUUACACGUAUCAUGCAAUAUGUUCAUGAACCAUCUAGGCGAUGCACGCAGGAAUUAAUAAUCAAACGUGCAUUCGAUUUAAAGCCCCCAAACGAAACAUCUUGGGAUGUAGAUCGUUUUCUACAGGCAAACAGGGAUAAGAUUGUUAAUAGGAAACAUAAAAACGCCAUUUUCCCUCCGACAGGAAAAGUACAAUUGGACACAUUAGAUAUAAGUCUGCUUUCCAUUUUAAUAUUGAAUGCAUGCAGUCUAAAGCAUGACCUAGUAACUAGUCUGAACCUAGUUAUAGAAAUCAGAAACAAAAUUUCACACCCUGAACGCUUUUCCCUUACACCAGCGGAGUACGACUUAUUUAAAGAAAGAUGUGAUAGAUUUAUUGAGUCGUCUUUGAAUUUUAUAGAAGAUGAUACUUUAUCAACGGAAGUAAGACAAGAUGUAGCCGCGAUUGAAAAACCCAUUCCUUCAGAAAUUAUAAAAGCAUACAAUGUUUCAAAGCGAGAACAAGUAUGUAAAAUAAUGGAGUUACAGGGAGAAUUUGAAGAGUUCAAGGAAGCAUACAGACGAGACAUACAAGAGAAUAAAGAACAUAAAACGGCGCAUGUCAGCUUUAUGAAUUGCCAGAAGCAGGAUUCGUAUGAAAUAAAAGACGGUGUGUAACGUGGGAACAGUCAAGCAGCUGUAGCAAUGGGAAAGAUCGAUAAAAUAUUACAGAAGAUCGAUGGAACUACAGUACCCGUCCCGGAAACAACAUGCACCAUACUAGUCAAACACUGCGAUAACGAAAAAGAAAAGCAGAUGUCCCGAGCUGUUGUGAAUUUGUUCAACAAAGGACUUGACUGUUCAUGUGAAAACUGUCAAAAUGUUGUUGAAGCGGUUGAAGCAAUGCGAACAACAGACUAUGGACCUGUAUCUAAUGGGAAAGUAGCAUGUAUUCAACUAGACAUUCACUGCCGAAAUUUGAGGGAACUACGGAAGUUAUUUGAUGACGUCAUUUCCGGGAAAAUUCAGGAUCUGAUCAAACCCCUUGAAUCUGCACUAAGGAAAGAUUUCAACACUCCGGAAUUAGAACUAGAACUUAUAAUUGAUAGGGUAGACUUUUGGAGAUGCAUCUACGAGACCGGGGAAAUCAUUGAGCGAAUAUUGGAGAAUGAUUCAAGUAUUGGAAAUGUUGAAGGGCAAACAGGUAUGAAUUAUUUGAAUUUUAAAAUGUAAUGUGACAUUUUUAUGCGAUGUGUAAUAGCGGGAAAACUGUACGAUAAAAAAUAACGUCGUUUUAAAAAAAAACAUGUUGAGAAAGCUUAAACCGUUAUAUCAACUCUAUGUUCGUCGGGUUGCACUGAUAAAUAUUUAAACACGAUUUUUUAAUGACACUUCACACAUUGUAUAUUGAUUCACUGAAGGGACCAUUUUGCAAUACUUGAUAAGUUAUGAGACAAAUAUUGCAUUCAUAAAUUUCUUAUAGAUUUAUAUAAGAACAAAAUCUUUAAAUAUCCUAUUGCCUGAAAUCGCUAGGUCCAGACCGUCGAUAUCUUGUAAGUACAUGUAGUAUCAAACAGUGGUCCUCCAUCAAGUGUAUUCAAACUAUGUUCCAUUGGGACAGAACUGGCCACGUCCUGGGGUUCACAAGUUUCCUGUAGAUUUGUAUGGAGAAAUCUUUGAAAAUCUUCUUUUCGCAAAUGGAAUGGCCCAGACCUUUGAUAUUUGUUAUAUACCAUCAGAUGAUGGCUCUCUACCAAGUUUGUUCAAAUUAUGCCCCUUGGGUUAAAGCUGCCCCUCCCCUUUAGGCCUACUUUCUUAUUUUUGAAACUACAUCAGUGAUAUUUGGAAAAUGUGUGCAAUUUUACAGAUAAAUAUUAAUGUUGUGCUUGGAUGACCUUGACUGUGACCUUUUGACCUAUAGUAAUUUAAUAGUUAUAAAGCUACAACAUUGAAAUUUAGAACAUGUGUGCAGUUUUGCAAACGAAUGUAUUUGUAGUUUUCGAAUGUGCUAUACAGUGACAUGUUGACCUACUUUCUUAUGUUAAAGCUAAACAAUGACGUUUGGACCUUAACCAAUACAACAUUUAACAAUAUUAAAUCAUUUCCCUUGUUGCAUUGCCAUAAACCAAUAAACUCUAUUAUUUCCUGUUAACACCCCCAAUUCAUAUGUUUCAGAAGAAAUAAUUUAACUUGUAAAGGAUGUUUUCAUUGAUAAUAUUUCAAUAAUAACAAAUAAUCUUAUCCAAUUUUCAAUACAAUGCAAAUAUAAAGAAUAUACUGUUACCUUUUCAUAAACCGACUACAGUGUUGGUUUAUAGAUAAUGACGAUUAUAAGAAAUCGUUUGUGUGCCAACCAUCUCUGCAACUGUUAAUUGUACAACAACAUACAAUACACAGAAAAAUGCGUGUGUAAAAAUGCGAGAUAGGAAAGAAAAAUGAACACAUCUUUCGAAUUUACAUAAACACGCAGAGGUUGCUUAUACGUGAAUGUUUCAUUGUAUUAAUACUUUACUAUUUUUUAUGAGCAUGAUUGAAUAAUUUAUGCAUGUGUUCAAAUAUUUAAACAAGUAAACACAAAGCAAAUACUACGGAAUGCAUCUAGAGAUUGGUUCGUUUGUUUAUUUAGCAGCAAAGCAUUAAAACAAUAUAAUCUCAGGUUGAUUAAAACUGAUUAUUGACAACGAUCGUUAUUGAAAAACUGUCGAAACCACUUCACCGUCGGUAUGUCAUCUAUUAGAGUCGUUAAAGGCCUAGUUAAAGGAAUGUUUGGCAUGCUAAUCCCCUUCUGUGCAUUUCCUGCUAAUUGCACUGGUGUCACAGUUGGGGCCAAUUUCCUGUGUAUUCGUUUAUUGGUUCGGGCCAUUUAAUGUCCAUUUCUACAAUAAAACUUCCCAAUCUGCACAGCAGGAUACCCAGAUCAGAGAUCUGAUAAGAGGGAUCAAGGCAAGUAGAUCAAGAUCAAUACACAGAGCUUGUGACCUGUACACAGGUUUGGGGGGAGGGGUCACUUAUAGAAGGCUUAAACUAGGCCUUUAAGGUACAUUUUUAUUUUAUUCUACUUUUUUACUUUUCCAUAUAUUUUCAAUGUUGUCAUUGUAAAUCGAGCCUUAACAAUGCUACUCCUGUGUUUAUGCACGUAUGCAUUAUAAUGCUUAAAUGCAACAAUCAUUUCCAGGUAUUGUUUCUUACAGAAAAACCACAUUCUCCCGAGUCUGAGAAACAAGCCGAUUCCAUUUCAGUACUAAAUGAGAACCCAAGAUACAGACGUCAAUGAUGACGAGUGUUGUACGAAUGAUCCAGAUCCAGUACGUGACGAAAACACUGCACAGCCGGACAAAGAUGAGCUUGAUUCUGGUUUAGAACACGAAAAUAAUGAUGAUGAUCCGAGUUUUUGCAAAAGUAUGGAAGGUAAGUUACGUUUAAAAGAAUCAGAAAUAGAGAUACCAGAAGAGAGAAAGCAUGGAAAGACUAUGAUUCAGGUUUUCGCCACCAACCUAGAAAUGGAAGUUGAUGAGACCAACUGAAUGGUACGGUGGGUUCCUUUUUGCACUUCACAUCACCGGGAACCAUUUUCUCGCAAAAACAUUGGAGUCAUUCUUCCUUGAAAUUCCAUCUGGAUUUAUGACAAAGUUUGGCCUCAUUCAACAAUCACACCAUACGGAUGCAAACAAGCACGUCUUUGAAGAUUACAUUGAGGCACCAACUCCGUCUACAGGCGAGACAUUUGAAGCAACGUCGGCGUCUGAAUUGCAGAAACAAAUGCUUCAACGGGGAACCCAUAGUGGACAUCUAAUAGAUGGCGGUUCGGACAUUGAAAACUUAAAGGACCUGAAUAUAAGACCUGAGAGAAUGACUUUGGUUAAGGAUAUUACAGGCGAAAUAAAUCGAUCAGACGAGGAAAGUGAAGAAGAAAAUUCGAUUUGUUCUGAUUACGAAAGUUCAGAUGCUGAAAAAGAAGAACCAAAGCCUCAUUCAUUAGAAUUAAGGGAUUAUCAAAUAGAGUUGGCAGAGGACGCUAUAAAGGGAAGGAACACGAUUAUAUGCUCUGAAACCGGAACCGGAAAGACUUGGGUUGCUUUACACAUUGUUGCCAGUCAUCUUGCGGCAGCUAGCAAUUCACCAAAGAAGGUUGUGUUUAUGGCCAGAACAGGCGUUCUUAUAAAGCAACAAGCGAAUAGGUUUAAACGGUAUCUUCCACAAUACCAGACCAAGCUAGUCACUGGUGAAGAAAAAGAUUCCCGAAUGUUGGACGCCUGUGUGGUCAACUAUGAUAUCAUGUGUUUAACCCCGCAAGUACUGAUUAACAAUCUUGACAGCAAAAACAUUGAAACCCUCAACAGAUUUUCGCUGUUGAUUUUCGAUGAGUGUCACUACACAAGGGGAGAUGAGCCUUACGCCAGACUUGCUCGAAGGUAUCUUGUAGAAAAGGAAAAACGAACAGAGGGAUUACCACAGAUCGUUGGUCUAACAGCUUCAAUCGGUAUCGGGCCGUCGAGAACCGUUGAGGAAGCUGUUGAUUAUAUUCUGCACCUUUGUGCAAAGCUUGACACAACAAUCUUAUCAACUGUUGAACGAUGCAAGGCAAACCUAAUUAAAUGGAUCAAAAUACCGAAAACAGAAGUUGUAAAGAUGGUAACACGGGACCCUGAUCCUGGAAGGGAUUUCUUGUUCAGUGCAAUCAAUGACACAGAAUCGUUACUUGAAGAUAUGGCGUUUUCACAGCCUGAUCUUACUGAUUUAAUGAUGAAGAAAAGGUCAGCGGAAAAGGAGUCACAGGCAUAUAACAAGUGGACUGUUGAUCUUGAAAAAGCGGCACAACUGAACGUAACAGAUCACGACACGGUGCGAGACAUCAGCUCCUGUGCACGUUAUUUUAAUGUGUACAAUUCCGCCCUGGAAGUCAACAAUCUUUUGCAACUGAAACACGUCAUUAACUACCUGGCAGAGAAACAUACCUUAGAAAGUCAAAGGAGAGGCAAUCACACAGAUCAAGAAAGAAUUCUUUUCAAAAAGUUGUUGGAUGUUCAGAGAAAUUUGUCUUCAAGAGCAAAAGAAAAAGAGACUGAAAACCCAAAUGCGAAAAUAGUCAGCGAUCAAUUGCGCCAGAUGAUCCAGGAACAGGAAGAUGACCCGCGAGCAAUAGUAUUUGUGAAGGCACGGGCAACGUGCAGAGCAUUGGCAGAGUAUAUCGAUAGAGAUCUGCGAGAUAUGGGUGUUCGGGCAAGCCCACUUCAUGGCCAACAAACCCGCGGAGCGGACCAAGGUAUGACUGAGAGCGUUCAAACCGAGACUGUAGAAAAGUUCAGGGAAGGGCAUUACAAUGUGAUGGUUUGCACCUCCGUCGGAACAGAGGGCAUAGACGUUCCUGAUUGUAACAUCGUGGUGAAUUACAACUACUCCGGGGAUGAAAUAACCAAGAUACAAAUGAAAGGUCGCAGCAGGAAUAAGGGCGCCACUCAUGUUAUAGUUGGAGGCGACAAACAAGUGGAACAGGAAAUGGUGAACGCGUACAAAGCAAACCUGAUGUAUAAGGCGAUGGAUGAAUUUAAGCGGCUUAACCCAAAGACCAUUGGGUAUAAGGUUGCUAUAUACCAGAGGGAGGAGAUGCAAAAACAUAGAUAUAAGAUGGAAUACGAAAAGGCUAAUAAAAGCAAAAUGUCGGAAGAUGAUUUGGAAAUACUUUGCAGGAGAUGCAACACAAAGGUCUGUCAUGUUUCUGACAUUCGAAAGCUUGGCCAUGACCAUCUUGUCUUGGAUAAGAGCUUUGCAAACAGAUUCACCACGAAACCGCACAUAACCCCCAAAAAGUACGACGGCAUAGAAAAGAAAUCCAAAAUGAUCUGUAAAAAAUGCCCAAUGGACUGGGGAAUAGUUGCAGAAAGGGAUGGCGUCGACCUUUGGAUUUUGAAAAUACAAUGCUUCAAAUUUCGGAACAUGCGUUCUGCCGAUGUCUCAGCAUACAAGAAGUGGAUAGAAGUUCCAUAUGCUGUCCCCGAGAUGACCCUGGAAGACAUUCCAAAGUUCUUUGGAACUGUAGACGAAGUAGCCUAAACUGUUUUUAUUCAAAUGGAACUUUGAUCAGCGUUCCGUCGACAUGAGUCGAUACAUUUAGAGAUAACAACUCUUUAUUUAUAUAUAUAAUCUGUGGACGUUGUGUAUGAUGAAUGCUUUAGACUUUAUUAUAAAACUUGCAUUGUUAUUAUCUAAGGAUCAGUAGUUUGUAUUCCCUUAUUUUGUAUGUUCGCUUUAUGUUUCGGACGUAGAUCAGUCUUUAAGUGCAGACUAUCAGUAUUGUUUUGAAAAUUUAUUCAUUAAAUUUAAUCAAAGAAACGAAAUAUAUUACGAAUAUCUGUAUACUAAGUACUAUGUGAACUUAUUUGUCUGAAGCACCAAUUGUAAUCUUUUAAAUGAAUAUAAACAAAUAGAUAAGCUAAGGGGAAUACUCUGUUUUAGGAGCAUUAUUGUUUUAAGGAAAACUUCUUGUGUUGCGCUUUCUGAUACGAGGAAGGUUUCUAUUAGGCGUAAGGUCUUACUUAUCUUGAACGAUGUUUAUUUAACACUAACACUUCACAAACUGUGACAUGUUUUAUGCAGUAUUAAUUAUCAAAUGUGACAAAAGAUAUAUUUAAAUUUGUUUGAAUGUUCUCUUUUCAAAUCCGAUUGUGUUAGGCUUGUAUUGAUAAUACAAUAGAAGAAACACGGACAAGCUCAGUAACCCACAAUCAAUGAUGCCCUGUUUGUAGGCACUUGGUUAUUAACAAGUCAUGUCUGUGAUGUAUAUUCUGUAUACAGUAUCUUUUAAACCAUAUUUUUAUUGUUGCUGACAUGCAUUGUGUAUUUUUCUUUUUGUGUCGCAAGGUACAAUACUUGCAAUUUGCUGUAUAUUUGUGAGAAUGUUAUGUUAUAAAGGAUUUAAUAAAAAACAGUACUUAGA